GUUGACACUCUAGUGUUCCUACUAAAAGAAUUUCAACAUCCUCAAACCCCAGAUACCGAUUGUUUCAUUGAUAUAGUUUCAGAGUUGGAUUCAAGUAUGAAUAAGUUAAGAGUUGGGGCACUACCGAUCAGUGUGUCAUCGGUUUUGAUCCUUUUACCUCUCAUUUACGUUGAACUCUUCAGAUCCAACAGUAUCGACGCCCUUAUUUUAUGUAUGUUUAUAUUAAUCCAUUUCUACUCUUCAGAUCCAACAGUAUCGACGCCCUUAUUUUAUGGACGAACCAGCUUUCAAAUUGGAAUGGUUAUAAUCAGAUGAGUAGAUCUAUGGGAGAUGGUGCUAUAGGAUCUAUACAAAGGCUUGUUAGAGGAAGAGGUCGAAUAGAACUUGAAACUACCGGAUUUUCUUGUAAUUCAUCAUCUCUCCAUUCCGAUAUUUGCGUUUCGACAGACCUUGUUACAAUCAACAUGCAGUCCAGGACUGUCUACAUUCCACAAAAACAGUCUCCACCACCAAUAAACUGGACAGUCCAGCCAUAUGCCAGGAAGGGAGACAAAGCAGCUUUGAGUAAUGUCGCAAAUGUGGAGAUAAUUCGUGGUAUAAAGAACAAACCACCACCACCAUGUGAUAUCUUCCAUAACAUUCCAGCAGUCGUAUUUUCCUCUGGUGGCUACCGUGGAAAUUUCUACCAUGAAAUUAAUGAUGUGAUGAUCCCGUUGUUUCUAACAACUCGUCAUUUCCAGUCUCAGGUCCAAUUAGUUGCCACUGAUUAUAAAAAGCAAUGGGAUUCAAAAUAUCACCAAAUACUAACCAGCUUAUCAAACUACAAAGUCAUCAACCCAGCAGAAGACGAGAAGGUACAUUGCUUUCCUGGAGGAGCAAUCGGUCUUGUGUACCAUGGCGACCUCACAUGCAACACUAGUGGCAUCCCUGGUGGCUAUUCCGUGAAUGAUUUCAGGAGAUUUCUAAGAGAUUCAUUUAAUCUGAAGACAAAGAAUGUAACUGAGAUUGAAAAACCUGUUCUAAUACUAAUUUCACGUCGGAGGGCAAGAGCACUCUUGAAUGAAAAAGAAAUAUUGGGAUUGGCAACUGAAUUAGGGUUCAAAGCAAUCACCACAACACCAGAACGGAUGUCAAAUUUGAGUAGAUUUUCUGACGAGAUAAACUCAUGCAGUGUUUUAUUGGGAGUCCAUGGUGCAGGUCUUACUAAUGCACUAUUUCUGCCAGAUGGAGCAGUGAUGCUGCAGGUGGUUCCACUAGGACUAGAAUGGGCCUCUGCAACCUACUAUGGUAGCAAGGUUGUUGGAAAAAUGAAUGUCCGCUAUUUGGAGUACAAGAUCAUUCCAGAAGAGAGCUCGCUCCUAGAAAAGUACGGUCGAGACAGUCCAGUGAUUAACGAUCCAGCAACUAUAGGCAAGCAAGGUUAUGCUGUUUCAAGCAAAAUCUAUCUUCGGGGGCAGAAUGUUACACUUGACAUAUCAAGGUUUAGGAAAACCCUACUACAAGCACCGGAACUUCUUAGAAGGUGAAGUCCAUGGAAUGAUGGAAAGAAAAACUACUCCUUGAAGAUGUCUCUGGCAGUUCGAUGUACGUCUUCUCACUUUAUAUAUCUUUCAAUGGUGGGUGUUUUCCGUUAUAAGUUUACAUAGACAAAAUUGGUGUGUGAAAGAAACUGAAAAGGAGAAUACAGCAUGGAGGAAAAGAAUACCUAAAAAUCCAGUUCAUUUGUCAGUUGGAUGUGAUUUAAACUUAAUGCCAUACCUGAGUUAA